UUUUAGGUUGGUACGCCACGUACAGUGUAACGGAACGCUCUGUCAAGCCGACUAUGCGUUACAACACGGAUGCUAAAGAAUGGCUCAGAAACAUAAUCCUCUUUUGGCAUCUCCUCCCAUGACCUAAACACCGCGCUGUUUCCUUUAUAUUCGCGCAUGUCUUAUUGUCUUGGUUCAUGUCUUACUUAGUAGCCGCUAAGCAACACUAAAUGGUUUGCCAUAAUCGCCACUGACCAGUUGCAUCCAUGUGGCAAUAGCUAAAACAAUCCGUCCGGCGGAGAGAAAGCCUUUCCGAACACUUACGAAGAGUCGGGAAGGUAAGCCUUCACAAGUAUGUGCAAUUAAGGGGUAGGAUGACGCCGUCACGCGGAGCGGUUGAAAAGGAGAUUUGUGCCUGUUUAUUUUUCCUAUUGAAAUGAGAUUUUUGAGAUGUCGGCUGGAGAGGUGGUUUCUCGUGGCAACGGGACGCGCCUGAGUUCAGUCACACAGCAGGUUUUCUUGGACCACUUUCUCGGACUAUUCGCUGCCUGCUGCGCUACGGAGUAAACAGGUGUAGGUGUGGACACAUGUUGAGACUGGACCUCCCACUGAAAACUGUCCCCCCGUACUCUACCAUAUUGCACCACGGUAAGGAACAUCUUCCUCCAGCGGCUCAUCAUGACACUGAAGAUGUAUCCUCCCGCCACGUUCGCGAGGUACAAGAUGUACAUGAGUCCUCAGGAGAGACGACUGGUCAAGUCAGCCCCGGACAAACUCUGGUCUCAGCCCCAGACAUCAUGGACAAGCACCACUACUGAUGAAAGUUUGACCGGAGCAGCGCCGCCCAGACCGCCCAGACCACAGAGGGACAAGCCGCAGCACGUCAGGUGGCGGCCCGGUGAGCGGGACCGCGGGACCAGGCGACAUACACACACUAGUCCCAACAGGAGAGAAAAUGAGAAGAAACGUCAAGGAGACAGAAUAUCCCGGGAGGUGGCGUCCGCUCCAGAUAACGCCGUCAAACAGACGUCUUCACGCCAAGCAGCGCCCACACUCCCGAAAAUAAACAACCUCUUCGUGCAAACAGGUAGUACGGCAGGUAUUUCUACAUGUGCUUCUAACUCGAACAAGUCAAAGACAUUCGCCAAGGGUUGGGCUGAGGCAAGAGCAGAAACAGUUGGUAGAAACAAGCUCCCAGCAACCAUCAACGGACGGGCUGACGUGAAGAACAGUGCCCGGAGCUGCCCGGACCUGAGCCGGAACAAGGUCACGUUACCGCAGCGGGCCCAGACCACCACGGACGGGAAGAACAAGAAGAACAGCUCCUGUCCACAAACAGCGGCGCUGAGAUCUCAGGGCGGUCUACCUCACUGGAAAUCGGAGCACAUCUUGACCCCCCGCGAAGUGCAAACCUACAGCAAACUGAAGUCGGUGUACCUGAACGACACGUGGCAGAAACAGCGCAGGAAUUUCAUCCUGCAGAAACUGGAGGACAUCCAGCUGGAGGAGGUCAAGAGGUACGCCAGGGAUGUGCAACACAGAAAGAAAAGACUUCUGGAAACAAUCGAGACGCAGAAGAAGCAGUUGGCUGAUGUGCGACAGAAGUAUGAGAAUGAACAACUACAGAGAUUCAGGUCUCAGUACGUCACGUGGAAGAGUGUAGAAACGGAAAAGUUGACGCGUCAUAUUUAUGGACUUCCCGAGGACCUGAAUAAAGAUAUGGUGCCGAAAACGAACCUUAAGAGAAAGUCGAAACCACCGAAGAAAAGGUGGAGACAAGCGGCACAGAGAGCCGUAAACGUGAAGAAGUUUGCUAGUAUCCUGAAACCGACUGGCACACGGCCGGUGGAACUUAAGGACCCGCUCAUGGACGGGAUAGACACAGUACUGCUGGAGACCGACUCGUCAUCAGCCAAGCCAAAGAAGAAAAUGGUGAAGUCUGUUCUCCAAGAGGCGAAGAACAUCAUACACGAAGCAGAUGACACAAACAUCGACACGUUUAGCGAGGUGUCCACCCCCGCGUCGUCCCGAGCGGGCUCUGAUGACGAGGAUGACGGCAGUGACAGCGACUCGUGGCAGUCCAUCAACAGUGACGACCCCAUACCUAAACUCUACUCGUCUGAGGACACCGACAGGGAGGAAUGACGACACGCAGUUUGUGUUUGUAACGUUAACAGACAUUUCCGAGCCAAUCUCAUGUAGACCAUAUGGACCAUGACUUUUAAAUCUACACUACCGUCCUUCGUGCAAAAUACACGCGUUCACUGUACUACUACUAAGCUGAAAUUCUUCUGAAGUUACCGAGUCGUCAACAUUAAUAUUACUAUACCACCGGGUGGCUAUACUACAGGCACUCAGAAUUAAUGUGCGAUCAAGAGCCGAGAAUUUGGCUAUGUCAGUUUGACACAUUUCCUCUUCUUCACUCUUGAUGUGAGGCUGUGACAUUCCGUCCGAAGUAUCAAACAUUAGCAUAGAGACUCUCGCUAUCAGAUAGAAAAGCAAUCAGCACUAAAAUUUGAUAGAAAAUUCUAUUGUGCUUGCCCAUUGAAUAAUGACACAAGGCGAUAGACCAAGUAUCGGCAAAUCGUUUAAGAAAGCGCAUUUUCUCUUUGUGUGUUGAAUGUCCAUUUACUGUUCCGACCAAGAAUGUACUAAUAUGUUGGACACCAAGCCUGACAGCUGUAAUGACAAGUUUCUAACAUACCGAUAAGUGUGAAUCUUACAUAACCUUGUGAUUAGAACCGUCCAGUGAAAGAAAGAAUAUACCGGAGAAUUUAUGUCGAAGUUAAUUGUCUAUGUUGUUGAUAACAGUGUAACCUAUUUUGAAAGAUCCGAUUGUUAACAACACUGCGGAAAAUGCCAUUCAUAUUUUUGCUAUUCAUUAUAUGUACGUACAUGUAUAGUAUUAAUAUUGGAUGUAAGAUGGAUCGGAUUUGAAGUAAGUCCGAUUCAGAAUGCAUGUGUAAAGGCGCCAUGUGUGACAGAUAUCACCAUAAAAUGGUGGGUGUAACACAUGUAGCUUUUCCAUGUUUAUUGAGACGUGCAGCUUAAUUGUUUAUAUUGGGAAUAUUAUGUUUGUACAUUACGUAACUUGAGAGAUAUUUUUUUGAAAUAAAAGUGCUGGCAAUGA